AUGAAUUCCCAAAAAAAUGAUCUGUCAAAAAAUCUAAAGAUGGUUUAUGGCUAUCCCAUGAUCUAUGCUUUUGCAAACAAGUGAGAAAAUAUUGAACAAUUCCAAAGCAGACCAGAUGACAUGGUGAUAGACACUUGCCCCAAAUCAGGUACCAUCUGGAUUAGUGAAAUUGUGGGAAGCCUAAAAGACAGAGAUAUUAAAAAAUGUAAGCAAGAUUUUAUUACUGCUACUGUUCCAACGUUGGACAUGUCUCUCCCCAGACUAAGAAAUUCAGGUAUUGAACAAUUAGAAAAGAAUGAAGCACCCAGGCUUGUGAAGACACAUUUACCAAUUGAUCUUGUGCAUAAAUCUUUCUGGGAGAAUAACGGCAAGAAUCCAAAGCAGGAAAUCAAGAAAGUGAUUCAGUUUCUAGGAAAGAAGUUAAAUGAUGAGAUUUUGGAUAGAAUUAUUCAUCACACCUCAUAUGAAAUGAUGAAAGACAACCCUCUGGUAAAUUAUACAUACCUUCCAAGUACAGUGAUGGAUCACAGCAAAUCCUCUUUUAUGCGCAAAGGAAUUGUAAGUGACUGGAAGAAUUACUUCAUGGCGGCCCAAAGUGAGGAAUGCUAUGCCAUUUAUAAGAAGGAAAUGUCUGGAACUGAGCUUCAGUUCCAGACAGAAAUUUAA